GCGAAAGUAGUCACACUCAUAAGUUGCUAGCUUAUUUGUCGCCAAUCAACGCGUUAUACGCUAUACUAGCCUCGAAAUCGGUGUCCAUUGAUAUCGCGGUGUCUUUUAGUGGUGUAUUAUGUCUUCAUCCGAUAGUACGAUCAGACAGUUAGCCAUCGGUGCCGUCGAUCUGAUGGCCGGAUCAGCCGGUGGUGUGGCCACUGUACUGGUGGGGCAGCCGUUGGACACAAUUAAAGACGGGUGGUUUAGAGGCCUAUACGCGGGAACGGCGCCCGCACUGGCAGCUAAUGUGGCCGAGAAUUCUGUGCUGUUCUGUGCCUAUGGUUUCUGUCAGCAA